AUGUCUUCUGUGGCCUCUGAAAGAGUCAAGUCCCUGCACGACCACUUCGGGAAGCCCAAUGCGCCGAUGCGACCCAUCCUUACAUUCAUCAACGGUGAUGUCUCCUGGCUGAUCUCGCUGCCACGCCCGGCAGCCGAGCGGGCCAGUGGUCCUAAGAAAGCCUACUACCACGUCGCCAUCGACCCGUGGUUCGGGGAACAGUCGGCUGUCGGCUUGACCGGGCUGCUGCUCCGAAUGGAUCUCGGUGCCCCAGCAGCCAUUUCCUCACGCGUCGAGCUUGACGCCGCCGUUGUCGACAUCGAAGCCGCCGCGGGACACGUGCUCGUGCCGACCGAUGCUGCGCCAGCCGUCGAUGCUAUAGCGCUGACCAUUGUCACCGCAGAUCACACCGACAAGCCGAGCCUGCUCGAGUUUGCGCCGCGUACGCCUGUUUUUGCAGUCGGUGCCGCUGCACGGUCGGUGCAGGGCUAUGGUCACUUCAAUACGGUCGUCCAGAUCGCUGGCGGCUUCGAUCCAAGCACAGCGCCGUGGAAGGAGGCUUCGCACCCGGGCGCACCGCUUCCUGACUGGCUGACGAUAUUUGCGCCGGCUGUGACGCACCUGAACAAUUUUGGCCUCGUCAUUAUCACAUCGGCCGACCCGAAGCGCCCCGAGGCCAUCCUUAACGCGCCGCACGGCAUCGCGGCGAGCGAGAGGUCCAUCCAGGCGUUAGCGGCGCUCGAGCCGCCGGCUGUCAUACUGGCGCUGAUUGCACCGGUGAAGCAGGCAUUCUUCUUCAAUAAGUUGACCGUCUUCGGCGCGGAGCAAGCAGUGCGAAUUGCGGACGAGACUAAGGCGCGAUACUGGCUGCGGACGGGCGACCUGGUCAACUUGAAAUACGGCGGGCUGAUAGGCUACUGGUUGAGCGAUGUUCAUCACGAUGUCGAAUGGGGGCGGCAGCAGCUAAGGAAGGACUUCGGCGAGCGUGUCUUCCAGACGGCCGAGCCGCUAGCUGUGCCGAACGGUGGGACACUGGUCUUGGCGUAG